AUGGAGGACGAUUGGAAUGGGGACGGGGGGAUUUCGAACCUACUCCUUCUGGAGGAGCCGAGUGCGUUGCAUUUGCCGUGCUCCGUGCGGUUUCGUGCCUUUUCUGACGCGGUUGACAACUCCGUUACACGCGAGGCGGCGUGGCGCACGGUGCUGCCGAAUAGUUUGUGCGUCCACAAGCGACGCAGGCUGGACGACGUCUCAGGUUGCGGAGGUGAGGCGUUGGUGCGGCCCAUUUUACGUGUUAUGCGUGACCCCAUUGAGGUGGCGCGUCGCCGUUUUGAGACUCUUCGCUGGUUUGACGAACCACGUGGGGCGGAGGAAAUUCGCGCACGCUUUGAGCUUGACAGGCGACUUGGGGUCCAGCCGAGUCUUGCCGCCCUGCAUCAGGCAUUGAAGCGGCUAAGAACACUGCACCACACGAAGCUUAUCGCGGAGCUUGCGGAGGAGCUUGUGAUGGAUGCCCCGGCGAUGUCUGUUUAUACGCUCCUGCAUAUUGUGGAGGGACUUGAGGGGGAGCCCCAGCGUGCCGCCUCGCUCCUAUUCUCCUUAGCGCCUUUAGUUACGAAUGGUACUGUGCCGACAAGUGUGUGGUCCUCGCUCUGUUGCGAACUGGAUACUGUGGCUCGACAAAUGCCGGCACCCCUAGAACGGUCAAUAGUUGACCUCUUUGGUCAGCUUUUUAAUCAGGUCCGGGAAGAUGGCCCUGUGAACGGGUCUAUUGUGGUAUAUUACGGUCAGGCGUUGCUUAAGAGCCGCGCGCCUAUUCGUAGUGUGGUGGGAUUUGUGCAAACCGAAUUGCUAAGCGGACGCAACACGCCACCGAGUUACGGCGUGUCGGAGUUACGGCUGAGCGCAUUUAUUAGUGAGUUGAUUCAAGUCUUGUCUGGCUGCCCAAACGGGGGUGUGGACGAACGAGAGGAGGGGCCACCGUUUUCCGCGCGAGAGCGGCUGUUGUGCUGCAGUGACCUCGUCAAGCAUGCAUAUGCGGGACGACUUUCUUUGAAUCAGGCUGCAUUUGAUGUGUUGUUGCGCUUUUGUGACGAGGAGCAGGAGUACAGCCUCCUUUGCAUCCUCUUUCUUGCCAUGUGUGCACUCUCCACACCGACGUUGCUCUCCGUCACCCGCGUGGCGGAGGUGUUAUGUGAUGUGGAGGAGCUUUCCUGCUACUUGGCGGGAGUUCUCGGUCAGCCCAUUCCACGGUGGAUGCUGUACAUUUUGGUACGUUACGGAAAAUCGACUCUUUUUUCUCUUGGUAAUCGAAAAAACAACACCCGUGAGGCCCUUGAGAUGCAUUUCUGUGACUGUUUAGCGCGGUUGUGCGCACGCGAUGGAACCGCUUCGCUUUGCAUGGAUGUUUUUGACGCGAUUGUUGAGUACGGAAACCCAGCGGGGGCGCACGUCUUUGUAUGCGCCUUGGCGCGUGCACUGGGCAUGGCGCAGCGUCCCUUUGUUGAGGCAGCGACGAAAACAGACGUGACAGCAUUGGAACCCUUUAAUCUUGAGACGCUGUACUAUGCAUUGGGGCCAGCUGUUGUGACACUUGGGGAAUUUCGUUCCUUUAUUCGUGAACGACCAUCGGCGUUUCUCUUUCCGUCUCACAAAGGAAGUGGUGUGACACUGGAGCAUGCACUGGCCGUUCUUUUGGAGUCGCCGCAGGUGUACGGCACUGUGCUGGAUGCGACUGCGGUGUGCGCCCUUGCAGAGUCGUCAGCCCUUGCAGAGGCGUUUGUGAAGAUGAUGGAUGGAUACGCAGCCAAGUCAGGGGCCGUUGCGUUUGUACCCUUUGAGGUUUCUGCUGCAACGCAACUGACGGAUGCCGGACGGCAACUGCUGCUCGCAUGGUUGACAAAACACAACUGGCUAAUCUUGCUGCCGCUUUCUUCCACAGUCCAACUGCUGCCAAGCGUCACUUCCUCGGCGACAUCGACGCCUGUCUCACUGCAGCAGCAGUCAUGUGUUUUGCUGUUUCACGCAGUACGUCGUGGUGGUCACAAGAAGGUUGCAUUUGUAACUGCCGCUGGUCCUGUUGCGGAGCAGGCGAAGGCAGAGGGCGUGCAUCCUGUCAUCACGCUUGCCGAGCUGAAGGUACGCCUCGGUCUACACUAA